GCGACACCGCCAAGCGCGGCCUGGAGAGCAGUCUCGAAGCCUGCUGCGGGGAGAAGAUGGCGGUCGCCGUGAGAACUUUGCAGGAGCAGCUAGAAAAGGCCAAAGAGAGCCUGAGGAAUGUGGACGAGAAUAUUCGCAAGCUCACCGGGCGGGAUCCGAAUGACGUGAGGCCCAUCCAAGCCAGACUGCUGGCCCUUUCUGGUCCUGGUGGAGGUAGAGGCCGUGGUAGUUUACUGCUGAGGCGUGGAUUCUCAGAUAGUGGAGGAGGACCCCCAGCCAAACAGAGAGAUCUUGAAGGGGCAGUCAGUAGGCUGGGUGGGGAGCGCCGGACUCGGAGAGAAUCACGCCAAGAAAGCGACCCAGAGGAGGAGGAUGUUAAAAAGCCGGCUUUGCAGUCUUCAGUUGUAGCUACCUCCAAAGAGCGCACGCGCAGAGACCUUAUCCAGGAUCAAAAUAUGGAUGAAAAGGGAAAGCAAAGGAACCGACGAAUAUUUGGCUUGUUGAUGGGCACCCUUCAGAAAUUUAAACAAGAAUCCACUGUUGCUACCGAAAGGCAAAAGCGGCGCCAGGAAAUUGAACAAAAGCUUGAAGUGCAGGCAGAGGAAGAAAGAAAGCAGGUUGAAAACGAGAGGAGAGAGCUGUUUGAAGAAAGGCGCGCUAAACAGACAGAACUGCGGCUUUUAGAGCAGAAGGUUGAGCUUGCGCAGCUGCAAGAAGAAUGGAAUGAACAUAAUGCCAAGAUUAUUAAGUAUAUACGAACUAAGACAAAGCCACACUUGUUCUAUAUUCCUGGAAGAAUGUGUCCAGCUACCCAAAAAUUAAUAGAAGAAUCACAGAGGAAAAUGAAUGCUUUAUUUGAAGGUAGACGCAUCGAAUUUGCAGAACAAAUAAAUAAAAUGGAGGCUAGACCUAGAAGACAAUCAGUGAAGGAGAAAGAGCAUCAGGUGGCGCGUAGCGAAGAGCAGAAGGCGGAGCGAGAAGAGGGUAAGGCGGCCGCGGAGCGAGAGGAAGAGUUGGAGGAGACAGGUAAUCGGCACAAUGACGUAGAGGUAGAGGAAGAAGACAAGGAAAGAAGUGUAGCUCACAGUGAUGCAGAGAAGGAGCAGGAAGAGGAGGAACAGAAGCAGGAGAUAGACACGAAGAUGGAGGAGGACACUGAGGUAAGGGAGAGUGACAAGCACCAGGAUAGUCAGCCUGAAGAAGUUAUGGAUGUGCUAGAGAUGGUGGAGAGUGUCAAAAAUGUAAUUGCUGAGCAAGAGGUGAUGGAAACCAAUCAAGUCGAGAGUAUAGAACCUUCAGAAAAUGAGACUAGCAAGGAAUUAGAGCCAGAAAUGGAGUUUGAGGUGGAGCCAGAUAAAGAGUGUCAGUCCCUUUCUCCGGUAAAGGAGAAUGCUGGUACUGUAGACAUGGAGGCUGAGCCUGAGGACAAGGAAGAGAAAGAAUCUGAGCCCCAGCCUGAGCCUGUGGCUCAGCUUCAGCCCCAGCCCCAGCCCCAGCUCCCGACUUUGGCUCAGUCCCAGCCCCUUGCCCAGCCCCAGCCCCAGCCCCAGCCCCAGCCCCAGCCUCCACCUCAGCCUACCUCUCAGCCUCACUCACAUCCAGUGCUCCAGCCCCCGCCUGUCUCUCAGCCCGAGACUUUGCCAUUAGCUAUGUCACAGCCACCAACUCAGGUUAGUCAGGAGCAGGGGCAUUUGCUGCCUGAGAGGAAAGAAUUUUCUAUAGAUUCUUUAAAACUCACUGAGGUAUCAGAGCCAGUCUUGACAGUCCAUCCAGAGAACAAGAGCAAAACCAAAACUCGCAGCAGAAGUAGAGGUCGGGCUAGAAAUAAGACAAGCAAGAGUAGAAGUCGAAGCAGCAGCAGUAGUAGCUCUAGCAGUAGUUCAACUAGUAGCAGUAGUGGAAGCAGUUCCAGCAGUGGCAGCAGCACUAGUCGGAGUAGUUCGAGCAGCAGCUCCAGUACAAGUGGCAGCAGCAGCAGAGACAGCAGCAGUAGCACUAGUAGCAGCAGUGAGAGUAGAAGUCGGAGUAGGGGCCGGGGACAUAACAGAGACAGAAAGCACAGGAGAAGUGUGGAUCGGAAGCGAAGGGAUACUUCAGGACUAGAAAGAAGUCACAAAUCUUCCAAAGGUGGUAGUAGCAGAGAAACAAAAGGAUCAAAGGAUAAGAGUUCCCGGUCUGACAGGAAAAGAUCUAUCUCAGAGAGUAGUCGAUCAGGCAAAAGAUCUUCAAGAAGUGAAAGAGACCGAAAAUCAGACAGGAAAGACAAAAGGCGUUAAUGGAAGAAGCCAGGCUUCCUUAGCCUAUUCUUUGCAGCAGAAGAUUUCUUGAUGAGUAAAAGGAUUCCCUUCCCUUGUAAGGAGGAUGCUGCCUUAAGAAUUGCAUGUUGUAAAAAGUCUUUUUUGGAAAAUACAGACUGCUUGUUUACCAGACAUUCUUGUACUUUUUGCAUAAUUUUGUAAGAGUUAUUUAUCAAAAUUAUGUGAGGUUCCAAGAUAUGUAAAAAUGAUAAUAAUAAAAAAAGAUUAACAUCCCUUGUCAUCUUUUUUAAAUACCCUAGACUCUUGAGUAAGAAUCUGUAUAUUUUACUAGGUAAAUCUCGAAGUCUGUUUCUUUCUAACUGUAUCAGACAUUGCUUUUGUAGAAAUAAAUGUCCAUUUCAUCCUUAGCUUUGGGAUGUCCUUGUUGAUGCUUGUAUAAUAUCUUGAUACCACUUCCAGCUUUUAUCACUAGAUACUGAGCAUUAUUUGAAUGUCUUUGAAGGUUUUCUCACAUUUAGUUGCCCUAGAUGAGUUACUGAGUUAUUGAAGUCAGAUCUUUCCUACUUGGAGGUGAGGGCAGGGAACAUAAUUUUUUUUUUUUUUAAUCAUCUUCCUACUUUUCUAAAUUUCCUUUGUUACUCUGACAUAAGCAGGUUCUCAUAUUUGAGUCAUACAUUUGGUAGAUAGCAAGCAAUACAAUUUGGUUGCAUAUUUUCUCCAUGAUUAUAGGAGUAUCUUUCUCUGGGCUUUAUAAUUACCUGUGUGGCGCAACUUAGGCUUCUGUUAAAAUGAUCACUUCUGGGAGGAAGGUAGAAAAGUGUGUUCUGAACUAGGUUUUUAAGUCGGUGGGCUUGUCUUUUGUGUUGACUUUCACCGAAACAUCCCUAUGUAUUCUAAAGAAUUUUUGUUUUUAAGUAUUGUAUUAAGCUAGCUUACAGAAUGAAGGAAGUUCAUUUACACUUAAAAUUUGUAAGCAAGAUAUCACGCAAGUGUACCAAGUGAUUAUUAACCUUGUUUUAUAAAUUUGUAUGGAGUAUCUGUUGCCCAUUGCUAUACAUGUGCAAAUAAAUGUGACUCAGAUUUGUGUGGCUA